AUAUGGAGUUUGGCCAUUUCGCAUUCUCAGCAAUGUGGGGAUUCCCGGUCCGACUUUAUUGCCCUUCUUUGGGACAAUUUUGAAUUACCGCAAAUAUGAUGGCCGCCAACCUAUUAUUGCUGUAUUGGAUCCUGCAAUUAUCAAGGCUGUCCUAGUGAAAGAAAGCUACAGUACUUUUACCAACCGGCGAGUUUUCCCUGCACCGGACAUCUUAAAAAACGCAGUCUCUAUGGCCAAAGACGAACAAUGGAAGAGGAUCCGCACAGUGCUUUCUCCCACCUUCACCAGCGGGAAGCUGAAGGAGAUGUUUCCCAUCAUUAAACACUAUGGGGAUAUUUUAAUUCAAAAUGUUCAGAGGAAAAUGGAGAACGACGAGCCCAUCGACGUGAAAGAUGUCUUCGGGGCCUACAGCAUGGACGUGGUCACCAGCACUUCGUUCGGGGUGGACAUCAACUCCAUGAACAACCCCAAAGAUCCCUUCGUCAAGCAGAUCAGGAAGCUCACCAAGUUCAAAGCUUUCGAUCCGCGGAUCGUUUUUGCAU